AUGACACGCAAGAUUCUUUGUGUAGCUGAGAAGCCUGCAAUUGCCCGUGCCGUGGCUACUCAUCUCUCAGGCGGAUCGUUUCAGACGCAUGCAAUUCGAGGCAACCAAUACGUCAAGAACUAUGAAUUCGAGUUCAACUUUGGCGGGUCCUGGGGGCAAUGCUCAGUUACCAUGACCAGUGUGAUCGGCCACCUUACAGGACUGGAUUUCGCAUCCCAAUAUAAAGGCUGGAUGUCCUGCCCUCCAGGCGCUUUAUUUGAGGCUCCAAUUCAGGAAGAUGUAGACAAGGACAAAAAGCCGAUUGCGGAGAACAUUCGCAAUCAAGCCAGGUACAGCAAAGCGCUGUUCAUCUGGACUGACUGCGAUCGUGAAGGGGAACAUAUUGGUACUGAGGUGCGGAAUCAAGCCAAGGCUGGCAAUGGACGUAUUGAAGUAAAGCGUGCCAGGUUCAGCAACACGGAAAGAGCUCAUGUCCUCCAAGCAGCUCGUGCACCAGUGGAGCUUGAUGAGUUCCAAGCGAAUGCCGUGGCCGCCAGAAUCGAGCUCGAUCUGCGAAUCGGCGCUGCCUUUACUCGCUUACAAACGCUUCAAUUGCAAGCAGUGGCGGCUAUACUGAAGGAAAAAGUCAUCAGUUAUGGAUCAUGUCAAUUUCCGACUCUUGGCUUCGUCGUGGAUCGAUACCUUCGCGUUCAGAACUUCAAGCCGGAAACUUUCUGGAGUAUCAAGGUUAUGCUUGAGCGGGAGCGCAAGAAGGUCAACUUUUUAUGGAGGCGUGUCCAUCUCUUCGAUCGCGCAGCUGUUACUAUGAUGUUGGAACGCUGUCUCAAGGCAAAGCAGGCUAAGGUGACCAAGGUCACUCAGAAACCAAAAAGCAAAUGGAGACCUUUGCCCUUGACCACUGUUGAUCUGCAAAUGAUGGGCAGUCGCUUUCUUCGGAUAGACAGUCAAACGAUUAUGAAGGUUGCCGAGGCGCUCUACACAAAAGGUUUCAUCAGCUAUCCGCGUACCGAAACGGAUCAAUUUGAUAAGGCCAUUGAUCUGAAAAAGCUUGUCGAAAAACAAUUCCCAGACGACCGAUGGGGUCAAUAUGCGAAAGACUUGAUCGAAGGGAAAUUCCGAACACCUAGGUCCGGUCGUAACAACGACAAGGCUCAUCCCCCAAUCCACCCUGUCUGUUGGGUCUCUCCUACAUCUCUGAAUGAGAAUGAGAGAAAAGUGUACGAGUUUGUGGUUCGAAGGUUUCUCGCGUGCUGCUCAGACGAUGCCAAAGGAUCAGGGACUGACGUAGAGAUCCAAUACGGCGAUGAGUUUUUCCACGCCAGCGGCUUGCUUGUCUUAGAGCGGAAUUACCUCGACGUUUACGUGUAUGACAAAUGGGAGAGCAGCCAGCAGCUUCCACAUUUUGAACGAGGCGAGACUUUCGAGCCUACAGAAGCGAAUAUUUCCGAAGGGAAGACCACCGCUCCGAAUUACUUGACCGAACCCGAGCUGAUUGGUCUCAUGGAUGCCAACGGCAUUGGUACGGACGCAACCAUGGCAGAGCACAUUGCCAAGAUCAAGGACCGGCAAUAUGUGGUCGUCAAUAAACGGGGAACCGGUAGAAAUAAAGUUGAAGAGCUAAUCCCAACGCGUUUGGGUAUUGCAUUGGUGGAAGGCUAUGACAACGUUGUCUCUGGUCUUCCCAACAGCAUAUCCCUCAGCAAGCCAUUCCUACGCAAGGAAAUGGAAAAGCAAAUGCUUGAGAUAUGUGCAGGCGCCAAGACACGACAGGACGUCGUUCAGCAGAGUCUCGACAUGUAUCGCGAGGUCUUCAUCCACACGCAAAGGCGCAUCGAGAUGCUCAAAGCUGCGUGCCGGAAGUACCUCGUCGAGUAG